AGGAAUGUGAAGCUACAGAAUGGGAGACAACAUACACCAGUUAACGAGCUUGCCAUAUUCAAACUUUGAAGAUGAACAUUCUGAAGAUGCUGAUCAUGCACAUGGUGAACAUGGACAUGGUGAUCACAUACCCCACUUACAUGUUGAAAAUGUAACAUCAAGUGGGAGAAAGCCUCGAUUAACAGAAAAGUUUAAAACAUUAACGAAAGAAAAGAAAAUAACCAUCAUACUAGCAUCUCUUUUAGUUAUAUUGUCAGUAUUUACAAUUGUCUAUGCCAGCGUGGAAAAACAUAGAAAGCCUCUUGAAGAUCAUGAAGCUACUUGUAAAGCUGUUGAGAAGUUUGAAAGAGUAGAUGCUGGUUUCAACAUUACUAAAACAAAGAAACAGUGUCUGAAAUGGGGGGCAUGUUGGGAUUUCACCGCUCUUGGUUCCCCUGAAUGUUUUUACCCAUUUUCUAAUCGCAGAGGUUAUCGUGUUGUAACAAGCAAGGUUCAGGUUUGGGGAAUGGAGAUAGAUCUGGAGCGUAUUGAUGCUUUAGAUAGUAUCUUUCCUGAUGAGGUUAAAACCUUAAAAUGUAUCAUAUCCUAUGAGACGGACAGCAGGUUACGAGUUAAGAUAUUUGAUCCUGCAAAGGAAAGAUAUGAGGUCCCUAUGAGCUCGCACCACGAAGUAUCUGGCCACCGUAUGCAGUACAUCCUCACCAUAACCCGUCAAAUGUUUGGGUUUUCAGUGUCCCGAACUCACGAAGCUACCUCUACUAUUUUUAACACGACUAUGGAGGGUCUCAUAUUCUCAGAUCAGCUACUUCAGCUCAACAUGGCACUUUCCUCAAGUAAUGUGUAUGGACUGAGUGGCGACCACAAGGACGGUCUACUCCGCAAAAUGGAGUUUAACUAUCAAAGUGUCUGGGCGACCUCGGUCGAGAAACGACACGGCGCGCACCCGUUCUUACUACACGUGGAGAAAGAUGGUCAUGCUAGUGGUUUCUUCCUACAGAACUCAAACGCUAUGGAUGUUGUCCUGAGUCCCUACCCCUCUAUCACAUUCCGCACAAGCGGUGGAAUUUUAGAUUUCUACAUCUUCCUUGGGCCCACCCCAGCUGAAGUGAUGGCCCAAUUCUCUGACAAGAUUGGAAAACCGUUCCUACCGCCGCUGUGGGCCUUAGGCUACCAUUUUGGUAGUGAAAACUUCCAAACCGACGAAGAAAUCUCGGCUCUUGUCAACUCUACGUUUCCUCUGGACGGAGUAUGGGUAGGUAAGUCAACUCUAGAGGAAAACAUGGAGUUCACAGUGGAUGCAGCAAGAUAUCCGAAUAUAGAGGAUACAAUAUCUGAUUUACAUAACAAGGAGAAAGUGUUACUAGUGGACACAAGACCUGCUAUUCUCUUGAACAGUUCCCUGUACGACGAAAAUGCAACCAACUUUGUCAGGGACAGCGCCAAUAAAACGAUUAUAGCGAAGGUAGCUGGAGGCGAGGCGGCACUACCGGACUACUUCCACCCGGCCACCUUGAACUGGUUACAGGGGGCUCUAACUACCUACAGGUCUGCUCUGUCGUUUGCUGGGCUGUUUAUUGACGAGAAUGAACCGAGUACCCUAAGUGAUGGGAGUGUUGGUGGCUGCUCAAAUACUGACUCUUACGAUGAUCCUAUUUACAGACUCAGAAACGUACCUAAGUUGAAGAAGAAGACGUUGUGCCCCAGUGCGCGCCACCACGGAGGUCUCCGUCACUACGACGUGCACAACAUCUACGGAUGGAAGAGCUCUGCUGUCACUAAUGCAGCACUGUCUGGAGUGAUAAAAGAACAGCGAUCCCUCCUUCUCAGCAGAUCCACAUACCUGGGCUCUGGAGUUCAUACUGGUCACUUUAUCAAGGAGAACAAAGCCACUUGGGAGGAUAUGAGACAUUCCAUCGUCGCGAUGUUGAACUACAACAUGUACGGAAUUCCAUUGGUUGGAGCUAAUAUCUGCGGAUACAAGAUCGGAGAUGAUCCUGACGAGGCUGGAGAAGAGUUGUGUGUAAGAUGGCAUCAGCUCGCUACCUUCUACCCUCUAGCUAAAAGAUAUCCCGCAGUUGAGACACAAAUGUUGAACUUUGGUAACGACACCGUGAAGAGGAUACAGGACGCAGUUGAGCUGAGAUACAAGUUGCUACCUACACUUUACACACUGUUUUACAGCGCCCAUACCAGAGGUUUGACAGUGGUAUCGCCUCUCUUUUUCGACUACCUAGAUGAUAAGAACACGCUGUCUAUAGAAACUCAGUUCAUGUUUGGUACUGGAAUCAUGUUUGCUCCCGUUCUCAAACCGGGGGUUACAGAACACGAGGUGUAUUUCCCAAAGGACCUGUGGUACGACUACAACAAUCCUAACAAUGUCAUCGAUGGGGUUAAUGAUCAUGGUUUGUCUAACCAAAGUGUUAGUCUUGAUAAACAAACAUACUACGCACGGGGCGGACAUAUCAUAGUUACUCAUUUCAGUUCCUUCUCUAACACUAAGGAAACUAACGAGAAGGGAGAUUACGUAUUGGAUGUAUAUCUCAGUGCCUCAGGCCAGAGUUAUGGUGAACUGUACACUGAUGAUGGGGUGUCCAUGCACACCAUUACACAUGACCAGUUUCUGUAUGUCAAAUUCAACGCCAGCCAGGAGCACCUAAGAUCAGAAGUAACGUUACGAUUCCCUGGUCAUGACAACAAAAACAAGAUACAAGAAAUAAACAUAAGAGGUUUGACGAAUCACACUAAGGAAGUUGUGGUCGGUGAUAGUACGGAUUUAUGGGAGAACUUUACCUUCCAGGACGGAGUGCUAUGUGUAAAGUCUCUAGAAUUGCCCAUAGUAGAGGCAUUUAUGCUCACAUACAGAUAGCAUCAGAUUGACCCUCUAUGACGACGUUAUCGACUCUUUAUGACGUCAUGUUCUAGCUAAUUGGUUAAUUAGGUUUGGGGACAAAAUCUCCAGUGUCGAGUUUUUUGUCCAUUUUUGUUUGAUGGCCUGCUGAUUGUUUCUGUGUGAAAUUAAUUGAAAGGAUGUAAAGAAGAGACGAGCGGUAAAACUCAAGACUUGAAACUUCCAAGCGGGACUUGACUAAAUAUUAUACCUUUUGUAAGAGAAAGAGAGAGAGAGAGAGAGAGAGAGAGAGAGAGAGAGAGAGAGAGAGAGAGAGAGAGAGAGAGAGAGAGAGAGAGAGAGAGAGAGAGAGAGAGAGAGAGAGAGAGAGAGAGAGAGAGAGAGAGAGAGAGAGAGAGAGAGAGAGAGAGAGAAAAUUGAAUGUUUUUAUUCAAUCAAUCAUGAUUUGAUUGGGUGUUAAUUAUUAAUUACUGAUGAUUUUUGUUGCAGGACUUGUAUAUAAACGAGUGUGUAUAUUUAUCUCUGAUUGUGUAUUAUAUGUAUUAUUUAUCAGACGAUUUUGUUUUCCAUAAUUUUUCCUAAUCGAAGAUCACAACAAUAAUGUAAGCUGUAGUAGUCCUUGUUUUUUGAUAUGUAUGAUAUUAAAUUAUGAUCGAUUUGAUGUUGUUAGUUGGUAUAUUUUUAUCUAUUUUUUGAAA